AAAAAAACAAUUCUCACAAUUUCUUUUAAGCUUAAUAAUCAGAGUUUGGAUAAAUGUCCAACAAAAACCAUAAAUACGUACUUUUGAUAAACUUAAAGAACAAAAACUGCUCAGAUAAUACUUUGACCCUACUCUUAAAGCACAAGGACCACUUUGUUCAUUUUCUCUAUAUUUUAUGGUCUUCAACCUGAGAGGUGCAAUUGAAUUAAAAAAAAAACAGAGAGAGAGACUAGCAUAACAAUGACUAAAAAGGGGGAUGAUGAGACCAUUGAGUCCUAUGUGAAAAGAUUGAAGUCCAUAGCAGAUUCUCGAGCAGCAAUGGGCAUUCCAAUAUCAGAUUGGAACAUGGUGUUGAAACUUCUUGCUGGUUUGCCUAGUGAAUACGAGCCCGUCAAGAAAUUAAUAUCAAGAACGCGCCCUCUCCUCACUUUUGAAGAUGCUUGUUCCAUGGUGUCCAUGCAGGAACACAAAUUUUUGCAGGAUCAUCACGAGGAGUCUUCUGCUUUUACUACCCUAGAGAAAGUGGGAACUGUAGUAGGUGUAGUGAGUCUUACAGCUGCUGCAGUGGUUACAUUACCUACUGUAGCUGGUGCAGUGGGUGCAUCGAGGAUGAUUGUAGCUAGGUGGUGCAGUGUGUGCAGUGGCUAGCUGGAAAGUUUGGCAGUCAGCCAAAAAAUUACUGAUAUGAAUAGAGCUACUCUUAUUGUUUGUAUUUGUUGUUUAAUUAAGUAACAAUUGGAUCUAACUGAUCUGCAUCUUCAAAACCUUGAAUUGUUACUCCUAUUUAAAGUUCGUCUUUGAGGUGUAUGAUAUGCAACAAGAUGUGAAGUUGAAGUUGUACUGCAAUAUUUUCGUUUUCCUU